UACUCAUGCGCAUCACCCUGCUGGCUACUGCUCAGUUUUUUCGUGAAGUACUGUCGGUUUUGUGCAGUUAAUACGGAGGACGCAACGGGUGAUGCCGAUUGGUUUGUUCUGGAUGUAAGCAGAGCCAUCUACAGGUGGCUUUGACAGAUUGCUGCGAUAGAAGCAGGUCUUUGGGAGCAAACAGGUGUACAAGUUUGAAUGCAGGAAGUGUUUUUAAAUGUUUAUUGGAUGCAGUGCAGUACGGCGUUGAACAGUGAAAAUCGUCAAGGAUUCGAAGUGAUAACUUGCCGGUGACGUUGAUAAGAUAUUAAAAUGACAUCUGAAGGUAAAUCCGAGCCACAAACAGCAACGUUAACAACAGAUGCCGUCCCUAUUCCAUCGGCAGAAGUUCCAAAUGCACACACAGAAAUGGCGCCUGUACAGAAUGAGUUGGGAGAGAAUGACUCGCGUGAGUCUGAAGAAUAUGAAGAAACACAAGAGGAGCGUGUACCUAGAAGUGAUGAACAAGAAAUUGAAAGUGUAAAACUGAUAGACGAUGUUGAAGUGGGUAGUCCACAGGAAUUACCACAAAAAGCAAAGGAAUCUGUGGAAACUCCGAUGACUAAUAAUGUGACUGAAAAAAGGAAAAAAACUACAAGUGAUAAAAGAAUACGGAAGCAUGACAAUUCACCAACACCAGGACAAGCAUCAUCUGUUAUGUACAGUAUAACAAAUGUAAAGGGACCAUUUCACAUUGGCAAUAACAUUACAAUUAAUAUGCCAUCAAAACAAGAAAAAUCUGCAAAGACAUCGCCCAGGAGGAUACCUAAGGCUGUAGAAGAUACCUUUAAGAGCACAGAGACAGUCAAAGAAGAAGAUCUGGAUACAGUGGCUCCACAUGUUGGCAGUGCGUGGAGGAGAGUUGGCAGACUGCUGAAGUUCAGUGAUGGUGAAAUAGAUCAGUUCAAGAUAGAUUAUAAAACUGAAAGUGGCAUGAAAGAGGUUGUAUAUCAGAUGUUACUUGCUUGGAAAAGAGAAAUGAGUAAUAAUGCAACGCGCGGCAUUCUGUGCAGAACUUUGUGGUCUGCACAGGAGUAUGAUGCAGCAGAAAAACUAGUUCUGGAUAGAAAUUGAAAGUAUCCUGCACCGUUCCAAAGGCUGAGAAGAAGAGUAUGUGUGUGAAUGAAUGUGGAAGAAGAUGCAUAUUUUUAUUGUCUACUUUUAUGUGUGGUGUAUGUGUCUGUACAGUCACUUUAAUUUUUGUAUUAAAUAUAGUUAAUUUGA